AUAGCCCUAGGGUUUCUUACAGUCUCGAAGUCGGAUUUCCAACGACGACAACUUUCUAUGGCUUCUUCAUCAUCUUCUCUAUCUAGCCAUGGAUACGAGAUUCCGUGGGUUGAGAAGUUCCGACCGACAAAGGUGGCAGACAUUGUCGGAAACGAAGAUGCCGUCUCCAGGCUCCAAGUAAUCGCACACGAUGGUAACAUGCCGAAUCUCAUCUUAGCUGGUCCUCCUGGAACUGGUAAGACCACAAGCAUAUUAGCUCUUGCACAUGAGCUACUAGGACAAAAUUACAAGGAGGCUGUUUUGGAGCUGAAUGCAUCAGAUGAUAGAGGCAUUGAUGUCGUGAGAAACAAAAUUAAGAUGUUUGCACAGAAAAAAGUCACAUUACCCCCCGGCAGGCACAAAGUAAUUAUUUUGGAUGAAGCCGACAGCAUGACAUCUGGAGCACAACAAGCAUUGAGGAGGACAAUGGAAAUAUAUUCAAACUCUACCCGUUUUGCUCUUGCAUGCAACACAUCUGCAAAAAUAAUUGAACCCAUCCAGAGUAGAUGUGCCCUUGUUCGGUUUUCCAGGUUGUCUGACCAGGAGAUCCUUGGUCGUCUCAUGAUUGUUGUCGAUGCAGAGAAGGUGCCAUAUGUCCCAGAAGGGCUCGAAGCUAUAAUUUUCACUGCUGAUGGCGAUAUGCGACAGGCGUUGAAUAAUUUACAAGCUACUUAUACUGGAUUUCGGUUCGUCAAUCAAGAAAAUGUUUUCAAGGUGUGCGACCAGCCUCAUCCCUUGCAUGUGAAGAAUAUGGUUCGCAAUGUCCUCGAGGGAAAAUUCGAUGAUGCUUGUUCUGGUCUAAAGCAACUUUAUGAUCUGGGCUAUUCCCCAACUGAUAUCAUCACAACUCUUUUCCGAAUCAUAAAGAACUAUGACAUGGCAGAGUAUCUGAAAUUGGAGUUCAUGAAGGAAACUGGAUUUGCCCAUAUGAGGAUCUGUGAUGGAGUUGGUUCGUAUCUUCAACUAUGUGGUUUGCUUUCUAAACUCUCUCUAGCUUGUCUGACUGCUAAAGCAGCAUAAACUUUAGCCUUUUGUAGAAAAAUAUCUAUGCUUUUGAAACUUGUUAGAAAAUUUGACACGGGCUUUUUCUUCUGUAAGAUAAUUUAAUUUAUAUUUU